AUGCUUCGCGUCUUGGGUAAAAUUGUACCCAGAACAGCUCCAACUCGAUGUCUUGGUUCCGAGAAACCGAAAGUGCCGAAGCAGAAGAUAAGUAAAGAAGAGAUUAUGAAAAAGAAGACUCCCGCUGGAAAACUAGAUGAGAUGAAGCCUUACGAGGAUCCCUAUCUCAAAAAACAUCCGGGAGGAGUGAAUCCAGUUACUGGAGAGAUUGGAGGCCCGGCUGGACCAGAACCUACACGGUACGGCGAUUGGGAGCGCAAGGGACGUGUCAGCGAUUUUUGAUUCAUCGAUUGUGUUUAUAGACACUUCUAUAGUCUUUCUACAUAAUGUUGUGUUUGUAGACAAUUGUAUAGAGUCUUUCCCCGCUGGAUCGGAUCCAGCUUAGUUUUUUGUUCAGUGUUUUGCAUAAGUUUCCCAGCGGAAAUAAACUUGUCGUACUCGC